UAAACAUGUUGCUUCCCGUCACUCUUGCUCUUGUUGCGGCUGCUGCAGCUGUCUCAGCAUCGCCACAUAAGCCUCACGCUAAAACAGCCACUCUGCCACUGAAGCAUGUCUCACAAGUCACUUCAAUCAAGAGCAUGGUCCAACAAGGCCAAGCCCGCCUUCGCAACGUCAAUAAACCUACAGCUUCCAGCGCUUCCCCCAUGUUGACAUGAGCGAGGGCUCUAUUACGAAUCAAAACGACUGCUACGUCGCCCCUGUAACUAUCGGAGACCAAACCUGGGAUCUCAUUGUCGAUACCGGAUCCUCAAAUACUUGGUGCGGUGCUCAAGAGCCCUGCAAGCCAUCGUCAACCGGAAAUUAUACAGGUGACUCUGUUUAUGUUUCUUACGGAUCUGGCGAAUUCUAUGGCGACGAGUUCCUAGACCAGGUCAGUUUCGGCAACCUUACAGUGCCAUCGCAAUCGAUCGGUGCUGCCACCUGGUCUGACCAAUUCGACGGCGUAGAUGGCAUCAUCGGCUUCGGACCCGUUCGCCUGACUAGAGGCACCGUCUCUAAUACGAACAAAGUUCCAACCUUUAUGGACAAUCUCUACAACCAAGGCUCAAUCUCAUCCGAGGUUCUCGGUGUUUCAUUCCGUCCCGAGGUUGGCAGCGACAGUGAUGACACUAACGGAGAGUUAACCCUUGGUGGCAUCGAUAGCACCAAGUUCACCGGUCCCCUCACAUAUUUUCCGACUCUCAAAAGCGGCGCAGCGGCAGCAUACUGGGGUAUAUCAAUUGCAAGCUUCACAUACGGCUUUACAACAAUUGCCUCAUCUGGUAAAGGCAUUGUCGACACUGGCACUACGCUCAUCUAUAUUCCCACCGCUUCCUACAACAAGUUCUUGUCCGUUGCCAAAGGAAAGACGGACAGAUCUUCUGGUCUUGCUGUAUUUACCAAGAAGCCCACUUCUAAUUUCGGUAUCAAGUUUGGGUCAACGACUUACACCCUGACUCCUGCGCAGUAUCUAGUCCCUGCUGCCCAGUAUGGCAACUUUGGUCUGAGGUCCGGGAAGUAUUAUUCCUGGAUCGCUGAUGGAGGCAGCGCUGGUGUGAACACCAUUAUUGGACAGAAGUUUCUUGAGAACUACUAUUCUGUCUUUGACACUACAAACUCUCGCAUUGACUUCGCUCAAGCUGUCUAAGCUGUCAUACCUCUACAGACCAGUUCGGUACAAUCCAGCCGCUGUAAACAUCGAGACAAGAGCAGGAUUCAAGGACGACGGACGAGACUAGUUAUCUGUUUGUCACGACGUGGAUGUAGUA